GGCACUUCUGGCCGGAUGGGUAUACAGAGUCCGGGACCGGGCGGUGGCGGAGCCGGGGGAUGGCGACAGCAGGUGAGUGGGCUGCAGGCGGGGGCCGUGGGCAAAGACUACUACCAGACGCUGGGCCUGGCCCGCGGCGCGUCAGACGAGGAGAUCAAGCGGGCCUACCGCCGCCAGGUGCUGCGCUACCACCCAGACAAGAACAAGGAGCCCGGCGCCGAGGAGAAGUUCAAGGAGAUCGCCGAGGCCUAUGAGGUGCUCAGAGACCCGCGCAAGCGCGAGAUCUUCGACCGCUACCGGGAGGAAGCCCUAAAGGGCAGCGGCCCCAGUGGCGGUAGCGGCGGUGGUGCCAAUGCUACCUCUUUCAGCUACACAUUCCAUGGAGACCCUCUUGCCAUGUUUGCUGAGUUCUUCGGUGGCAAAAAUCCCUUUGACACCUUUUUUGGGCAGCGGAACGGGGAGGAAGUCAUGGACAUUGCUGACCCAUUCUCUGGCUUCCCUAUGGGAAUGGGUGGCUUCACCAACAUGAACUUUGGCCGCUCCCGCCCUGCCCAGGAGCCCACCCGAAAGAAGCAAGAUCCCCCAGUCACCCACGACCUUCGAGUCUCCCUUGAAGAGAUCUACAGCGGUUGUACCAAGAAGAUGAAAAUCUCCCACAAGCGGCUAAACCCCGACGGAAAGAGCAUUCGAAACGAAGACAAAAUCUUGACCAUCGAAGUGAAGAAGGGGUGGAAAGAAGGGACCAAGAUCACCUUCCCCAAAGAAGGAGACCAGACCUCCAACAACAUUCCAGCUGAUAUCGUCUUUGUUUUAAAGGACAAGCCACACAAUAUCUUUAAGAGAGAUGGUUCUGAUGUCAUUUAUCCUUCCAGGAUCAGCCUCCCGGAGGCUCUGUGUGACACAGUGAACGUCCCCACUCUGGACGGCAGGACCAUUCCCGUCGUGUUCAAAGAUGCCAUCAGGCCUGGCAUGCGACGAAAAGUUCGUGGAGAAGGCCUUCCCCUCCCCAAAACGCCAGAGAAACGUGGGGACCUCAUUAUUGAAUUGGAAGUGAUCUUCCCCAAAAGGAUUCCCCAGACAUCAAGAACCGUACUUGAGCAGAUUCUUCCAAGCUACCUGAGCUACCUGAGCUCCCCAAGGACUGACCAGGGACCUAUCCAGAGCUCAAGGAUUUCUGGAUCUUUCUACCAGUUGUGGACCAUGAGAGGGUGGGAGGGCCCAGGGAGGGCUUUUGUACUGCUGAAUGUUUUCCAGAGCAUAUAUUACAAUCUUUCAAAGUCAUACACUAGACUUCGGUGGUUUUGGAGUAAUAGGGCAUCAGGUAGUGGGAACAGCAGGAAAAGGCAUUCCAGUCUGCCCCACUGGGUCCGCAGCCCUCCCAGGAUGGGCCCACAUCCUCCUCCUGCAGUCCCCAUCCAGGGUCAAGAGGCAGACCAGCAGCUGGACUUGAUCCCUCUGAGUCCCUUUGCUUCUGGCUGGUAGAUAAUGUCGACCCGCUGUCUUGGUUCCCAGACCCUGUACGCUCCUCCGUUUCUGUUGU